AUGUCGAAAAAAUCCCCUCCAGAUUCUUCAUUUCAGCCUUUGGAUCUUCUUUCAUACUCGAAAUCUGGGCCAUCGACGCCCUUCCAUAUAUUCAUCGAUUUCAUCAUGCCGCAGUUUGUAGAGCAAUUAUCCAAGAGAAAGCAACAGCUUAGUUCUGGCAAAAAGGACGAAAUCGAGAAGAAACUGAUUGAAAUGGAAAAUGCCUGUGUGAUACUAAGGGAAUUGGAAGACGACGUCAACAAAGAGUUCAAAGAUUUGAUUCUCCAAAAUUUGGACUUUACCUUCAAAGAAAGAACAGAAGCAGCAGAAAAUUUCAGCAAAAACGAAUGCUUUGUAGAUACGGUUAACACAGCCUGGAAAGUUGUCUCAAUGUUAAACAGCCGAUUCUCUUCAAUCAAAGAAGUCUCUCCAGAUAAGUUGGGGUCUAGAAGCGUCAAACCUUCCCGAUUUGCGAAGAAGUUAGAGCUAAACAUCGAAAACAUGAUGUCUGAGAGCUCAACUUUCCAGGAGAUUCUGCAGGUCUACAAUGGUCUAAAAGAUCAUGAAUGGAAGCAGAAUUGUUUGCUCUGUUUUUCAGUGUUCUCUCAGAACUCGAUCAUCAAGAAGAAAGCAUUGGUCCACUGGUGGGUCGGCGAGGGGUUCUUAUCCUGCCAGACUGACGAGGAGAAGGGCAACGAUUUGUUCCAAGAAUUUAUCGACACAGGCAUCAUCGAGCGCGUUUCCAAAAAGCGCAGACGAAGCUUGGAGCUUUGCAGGAUGCACCCGUUAAUUCGGUACGCUGUAAUUCGGCUUGCCGAAACAAAAAACUUCAUUGGGUUUCACCCAAAUGGAAAUCCAACUGCAGAUUUCUCUGACAAGAAGAUUAAGAGGGGGUGCCUGGUAAUAACCGAAGAAGGAUAUUCGUCACUUCGGGAGUUGACUUAUGGCUUCCGUCUGAAGGAGGAGAAUGUUGAAACUCUGUUCAACGUAAACGAGCCUUACGUUGAUUUAAGAGAGGACAGUUUCUCAAAGAUGAGGAACAUGAAAGUUCUUCGAUUGGGUAGAUAUUAUGCGGACUUGACUAAGAAGGUUGUCGAAGUAGAUGAUACCGAGUUCUUGAUCAAAGGUUUGAAGAAAAUGAAAAAUCUUAGAUACCUGAGCCUCAGGGGAAUCACUAGAGUUACGGUGCUUCCAGAUUCAAUUUGCAAACUCACCAAUCUAGUCAUCGUGGACCUCCAUGGCUGUCAUUAUUUAGAGAGACUUCCAGAGGAGAUAGGCUCAUUGACAAACCUGACAUGGCUUGACAUGUCUGGGUGUUACUUGAUUAGCCACAUGCCUGUUGGACUUUCUAAGCUCUCAAAACUCCAAGUCCUUCAUGGAUUUUGGAUUGGGAGACAAGCCAAAGAAAGGACGAUUACUCCGGAUUUCUGCACGCUCGCUACUUUGGCGCGGAAGCUGAAAUAUUUGAAGAAGUUGAGCAUAAAUGUAGACGCAAGGUGUACGGACAAAAAACUCCUAGCGGAAGAGCUGAAUUCUUUAUCCGAAUUUGAAAAGCUCGUGUCGUUAUUAGUAGCAUGGUCAGAUAUUCACAAAAACGACGGCGAGGCUGGCGGUUCCGAAGGGACAGCUCCUAAGUGGUCGACGUCCAGUGGACGCAAAACUACCAAGCAUCCGGAAUCUACCAAGCAUGCAGCUUCUUUAGCGAAACUGGAGCUUCAGUUUCUCCCUGAUCCUGAGAUGCCUCAUUGGGUGAAGCUCUUCAACCUGGAGAAGCUGCAGAAGCUCUAUGUAAGGGGAGGAAAGCUGUCUCAGCUGCAUCCAGUGGGGUGCGAGAAAUGGAAGGUCAGCAUUCUCCGCUUGCUGUCGUUGAGUGAAUUGCAGAUGGAUUGGCGGAAACUGCGAGCACUGUUUCCAGACUUGAAAUACGUGCAGAAGGCAAAAUGUCCUAAACUCAUUUUGUUCCCGUGUGACGAGAAUGGGGAGUGGGCAAGCGGGGAAGAAGAAACAGAGCAUGCAUAA